CGCAUUCAUUUCACCCUCCGCUUCUCUCCCCCAAAUUUAAAAUUCAGAAACGAAACCCCCUUCUCCCUCUUUCUACCCCACGCAAGCGAGAGAGAGAGCGAUCACACUCUUCGUAACCGAUCGGAGGUACUCGAUCUUGCAUAAAUGGAGCGAGAGGAGCCGAUCCUCCUUGCUAUCUUCGUCGUUCUCCAUGGCGAGGAGCAUCCGAUACCCUCGUCUCCUCCCGAGCAAGAGGUUGUUGCGAUCGAUCGCGAGGAGGGUUCGCCAAUCGCGGCCUCUCCCUCUCGGGACAAUUUUGCGCUAUGCGAUCGUUUCCACGACAAUUUUGAUCGUGGCGGUGGUACUCUGGAUGAUCAUCUCCGUUGUGCUCUUCCUCUUUCGCGACCAUCGUCUCGAUCCUUAUGAAGAAUCUCUUCUCACCUAUCAGAACGAAGUGAAGGAUGAGGUGCUUGGGGAGAGAGGGGAGCCGUGGUCGGAGGUGCUCUCGUGGAAGCCGAGGGUUUUCAUGUAUCAUAAUUUCUUGUCUAAGGAGGAAUGUGAGUACCUAACUAAUCUAGCGGAGCCUCAUCUGGUGAGGUCUGCGGUUAUCAAUAGAAGCAACGGAAAGCCAAGGAACACCAGUUUCCGCACUAGCUCAAGCAUGUUCUUUAAAAGAGGUCAGUACAAAACAAUUCGAGCUAUUGAGAAAAGAAUCGCAGAUUUUGCCUUCAUACCUACAGAACAUGGGGAGGGGCUUCAAGUUGCUCACUAUAAAGCUGGAGAAAGAUAUGCGGCUCACCACGAUUACUUUUCUGAUAAAUUUAGCAUCAGGAAGGGAGGUCAGAGAAUAGCAACCUUUCUUAUGUAUCUUUCAGAUGUUGAAAAGGGUGGUGAGACAGUAUUUCCUUAUGCCAAAGUAAACACCAGCUCUUUACCAUGGUAUAAUGAGCUAUCUGCAUGUGGAAAGAGGGGCCUUGCUAUUAAACCCAAGAUGGGAGAUGCCAUUCUUUUCUGGAGCCUAAGACCUGAUGGCGCACCAGAUCCAUUAAGUAUGCAUGAAGGGUGCCCUGUAAUUGAAGGGAAUAAGUGGGCAUGUACAAAGUGGAUGCAUGUUGAGUUCUUCAGAUCUGGACAAUAAAGGAGGAUUUGAUGACUAACCGUAUAUAGCUUCAAGCAAGAGCAGACGACUAGCGUAAGGAAAUUCACAAUCAUUAUGGGGAUUUUUUGUUUCACAAUCAGUCUGGAGAUUUUUGAUUUAAGUGCAGCAGCAGAGGUUGAAUUUUACAAAAUAUUGGGAGUUCUGGUAAAUCUUUACUCCUAUGUUUUAUGGAAACCUUUGGGUUUUUGGCUCAGAUAGUGUUAGGAUUUAUAAAGUCUCAUCUUUUUGUCAAACAUGUGGAGUAGAUGACCAUAGCUAAACCAGUUUGAGAAUUCAUGAUCAAUUGGCAAGAACCCUUUAGAGCACUUUAUUGAACUUUUCUUGGUACUUCGUAGAAUCACUGAUAAUGAAAAUCAUCUAAGGAAAUCAAAAGUUUUAGAACUUGUUUAAUUUGUGAAGCACAUUUGAGGUACUGAUUGUGGAUCAAUUUUGAGCAGUUGAAGUAAUGGUAGAGGGCUAGCAAAUUGGACUACUCUAAAAUCCAUAUGUUUCAUCAAAUUCGCAAUGGUGAUAAAGUUGGCUUAUGGAUGUACCUCUAAAUAAUGACAAAUAUUUGAUUUUCUUUGUUAUGUUAACAUUCUGUUAAAACUCAUUUAGCUUAUUAUAAACUCAUAAACUACUGCUAUCCAGGUUUAAAUUUAUGAAAUUUAAUUUGCUUUCCAUCUUUCCAUAUCUACUGGUUUCGGAAUGUUAAUGUUUAAUAAAACGUAAUUUCAGAAAUAAAACUUUUCAUUGUGCUAACAUCUGCCUAUAAAUGCUGUGGAGGCAUGGCUCGUGCUUGGUUUCCAGGCGCAAAUUUUAUUGCAAGAGCUCAAGCUAUGGUAGCAGUGACAUUAAGACAGACUUGCCAUGAAUUCAAGGCAUAUCUACUGUUUUGUAUGGUUUACCCAGGUAAACAUUUUAGACUAAUACAAACCUCACUUUAUUCUCAUCUAAAUUUAUCAUUUUUUUUUCCAAUAUUUAAACUUAAAGGAAUGUCUAAACACUAUGAUGUGUUGGUGUACCAUUUGCACUUUCUUUUGAAUGUAUUAAGUUGCAUAUUUCUCUCGUU